AUGGUGAUUGUGAGGAAUAGGGUAACCGGCCAGUUGAAAGAGUUCAUCAGCAAUGAGAUGAAGGGUAAAAAGGUGAAAGUGGCGAUACAUAAAACGUUAUACGUAAGUGAUAUGAAGGAAAUCCAGAACAUGUUGAACAUUCUGAUGAAGAAACUGCGUGAAUUAUUGAGAAAAAAUGGGAAACUAGACCUAAAUAAUGCAAUUGAAUUGGAGGUGGAAUUGGUGGGGCCAAGAUUAAAGAUGCAUGAGAAACUGAUGGUGUUGAAGAUAUGGAAUAUGAACAGCGCCAACAACUACGUCUUCAAAACGAAAUGGAACAACUUUGUGAAGGCAAAUGAAAAGGAUUUGAAGGAAAACACAAAGAUCAGGUCUGUUCGUUUCUCAUAUACGAAAAGUUUUGCUUUGCAAUUGCAUAUUUGA